AUGACACACAAGCAUGCUUUUGAAGCACUUGAAAAAACAUUGAAGUAUGUUAUGAGUACCUACAUUAAUUCAAAUGAUGUGUUUGGUGGCAAGGUAGUUGUAUUUGGUGGUGAUUUUAGACAAAUUUUGUCAGUUGUUCCUAGAGGGAGUCAUUUUGAUAUCUUCCACUCUACGAUAAAUUCUUCUUAUAUACGGUCUUCUGUUCAAGUUUUAAAUUUAACCAAAAACAUGUGGCUAUAUUGUGGGCCAAGUGAACAAGAUAAAAGAGAAAUUGCUGACUUUUCAGAUUGGCUUUUGAAAAUUGGUGAAGGAAAAGUUUCAGAGCCAAACAACGGUUUUGCCGGAAUUGACAUACCUCCGAUCUUUUAA